AUGAACAAAGUUUUGAAAUCUCAUAAACACAAUAUCUCCGAUAUAAAUGAACUUCAGGCUACGUUAGAUAAAAAAGCAGACAAGAACCAUACACAUGAAUCCUUCACUACUGUUAGAGCAGACGACAUAAUAUUGAACUAUACUUUAGGUUCAAGUGCACCUUUAGAGAAUCCAAGUACAAGCGUAAAAGAUACACUAAACUCCUUAAAUAACAAAUGUAUAAAUAUCGAAGGUCAUGUCAGAAACUUUGAAACAUAUGAACUACCAGCAAUGUUAGAUAAAAAAGCAGAUAAAGAACAUACACAUAACUCCUUCUCAACUGUUGCUAUAGAAAGUAUUGAAGGAACGGUUGGCGGAACUGGUGGGGAUGCAUUAUAUUAUAAACCUCCUAACUUUCCACAAGGUUUAACAUCGAAUGAAAACAUAACAACGAAGAAAGAAAUUAGCUGUAAAAAUGUUUAUGUCAUGGAUGAUGAAAAUAAUGUUAAAUUCACUGCUCAAGAUUUAUAUGAUAAGAAAGCAGACAAAACAGAGCUUCAAACAUUAAAGACUGAAAUACUUCAAACAGUAUAUCCUAUAGGCUCUAUUUAUACGUCAAUGAACUCAACAAAUCCAGCAAGUGUUUUAGGUUUCGGUACAUGGCAGCAGAUUGUAGAUAAAUUCUUAUACUGUGCUAACUCUUCAAAGCAAACAGGUGGUUCAAAGAAAAUUUUAGAAGCAAACCUUCCACCGCAUAAGCAUACAGGAACUACAAACUUUUCUGGCGACCAUAGCCACUCAUUAAGAGACCACCCAUUAUACAACUCAGACUAUGAAGCUGGCAAUGACGUUUUAUCUCCGUCUUAUAACAAUUCAGCAAAAAAGACUUUUCGACCAACUGAACCAGGAGGAAAUCAUGUCCAUACUUUCACAACAAAUCCAACAGGCUCGGGUGAAGAUUAUAUGCCACCAUUUAUGACGGUUUAUGCAUGGUACCGCGUUCAUUGA